CGGAUCAUAUUUCCAUUUCCACAAUUUUACGUCAUCAAAUACAUGAAAGAAUUUCUCCUACCUUUUCACUCCCCUGCGCGUCAUCAUUGCAAGUCUGCCCUCCCCCAAAGUAAUCGUUUCAAUCAUUCAACAAAUCAUCACCAUGUCUUCCUCCGUCAUUCCCACUUCCACCUCCGUCGUCGAGAGCGCCGUCAUCAAGGCUCCUCUCAGCCAUGUCUGGCACUUCAUCAAGCUCCAGAACUUCCAGAACUUCUGGUCUGCUCUGAAGGGCAGUGAGUUCGUCAAGGCUCAGGAGGAGACCGACAUCGUCAGAUGGACUUUCCAGGACGGCACCGUCCUCGAGGUCAAGCAGGAGGAGCACAGCACCAUCAACCACUACAUCACCUACAGCGUCAUCACUUCCCAGCCUGAGCUGUCUUACACCUCCGUCGUCAGCACCAUCCGCUGCUACCCCGUCACCUCUGGUGAGAACGAGAACAGCACCUUCGUUGAGUGGACCGGCAACUUCUCCAGCGACGCCGAUGCCGGUGUCAUCCAGGACGCCAAGUUCAAGCGCCGUGAGGCCCUUGCCGACCUGGCCAAGGCUGCUGCCAAGUUGUAAAUGUUAUAAGCGAUGAGACUGGAAUGUCGAAUUGUUGAACUUUUGCGCUUGCCUCGUCAAGGAAGAUAGUCAAAAAAGUAAAAGAUACCACUUGUUGUUCACAAUUUAUUCUGCCCCUCGUAUUUUAUGCUUGAAUAUUACAGUGACCUUCACAUUG